AUGACUAUACGUCUUCUACGUCUUCUGCGACUUGAUCCUGAGAAAUGCAAAUGGAUCCUCGAAAGUUUCUCGGAGGACGAAAUUCCAGUCUAUGCUAUUCUGUCCCAUACGUGGGGCAGGAGUGGUGAUGAGGUUCAAUUCGAGGAUAUUCAAGGUGGUCAGAAAGACUAUGGCGAUACCAGCAAACCGGGAUACGAAAAGCUUCGCUUCUGUCAAGAGAAGUCGUCCAGCGCCGAAUUGCAGCGUUCACUGGCCUCCAUGUUCUACUGGUAUAGAAGUUCCGCCAGAUGCUACGUGCAUCUCUCUGAUGUAUCCGAUCAUGAAUUUACAGAGGGUUCUUACAUGAGAUGGAAAGAUGCAUUCUCAAGGAGUAGGUGGUUCAAACGUAGUUGGACGCUUCAAGAGCUCAUUGCACCAACUUCUGUUUUCUUCUUUUCCAAGGAAAAGACGUUCCUCGGCAGUAAAAAGAGUCUGAUAUCUACGAUUAGCGCUGUGACUCAGAUUCCUAUCCGAGCCCUCGAGGGACCUGAGGUCUCUUACUUUACCGUAGAUGAGCGUUUUUCUUGGACCCAGGACCGCUCUGCAACUAUCCCAGAAGAUGUUGCUUAUUCUUUGAUGGGAAUUUUUGAUGUGGGGCUGCCCAUGAUGUAUGCAGACGGUGACUACGAUAAGAGGAAAAACGUAGCAUUAAAAGCCCUCCAGAAAGCAAUCGACGAAAAGAAUGUCAACUACAAAGAACCACAGCAUGUUAUACGAAUUGGUGGUGCAUCUUGGAGUGAACUCAUGAGACUGAACGAGAAAGAUUUGCAGGAAUUGGAUUCUGACCUUCAAGAAUUCCAAAAGUGGAUACUCGACGAGUGGCCAAAGGAGGUCAAUGCAUCAACCGUAUGGACCUCAAAGCUUGGAGAACUUUCAGAGGCUACAGGAGUAAAGAUGAAAGAAUUGCUGGCAAAGUAUCGCGUUGGUUACGAUGACUCAUCACACCUUCGAGCCACCAUGCAAUCUUGGGAGCAGCCCUGGGCCCGCUUUAGUGACGAACGAGUCCCGGUGGAAACACGGGUACAGGCGCUAGUGGAAAAUCGGUGGUAUUGGACGGCGACGGAGAAGAAUGAGAACGUCUUCACAUGCAUCACUGCAGCCAGAACUCUCCAAGAUUUACUGGUCUGGAGAAAGACAUGAAGCAAGUAAAGUGUAUGGAUAAAUUUCUGCUAUUACACUGGAAGAUUGUUCUGCUGAAGCCUCUCGUAAUCU